CAUGUGCACUGCAACUGUCAGAUUUCACUCUUCCUUCUGCUUGCACUAGCCAAAGUGAAUUAUAUUUUAAAUUGUUUAUUUUUCCACGCGCACGAGUAAAUUUUUAAUAUAAAAGCAAAUGCAAAUAGCGGACUCCAAUUAAACACAUUUAUCCAAGUAUGGCAGAAAUAUUGCAGAAAACAAAAAACACUAACACCUUUCGGUUCAAAUCCUUCGCCGAUCGCGUUUGUGAAAUUGACAUACGACGCUUGGCCUUAUAUCGCAUUGGCCAUGAAAAUGAGGAACUGCCAGAGGAAGAGAAUGAGACAUACUUCCAUCAAACGCUGAAGAAAUGGAUUGUACUAAAUUUAACAGAUGAGUUUGGCCAGUUUAGCCGCAGGUGCCUGAAGGUUAUAACCUUGCCACAAUUAGUACAUCAAAAAGACUUUGUAAUAGAUCUGCUCCUUGAGCGUCUGUCCACUGCAACUAAUUUAUCGCUGCAGCCGCUAUUAGAACUGUUAUACGUAUUGGCGCGGGAUCUGCGUGAGGAUUUCUACCCAUACUUUCAGCGUGUACUUGACCGACUCAUUUGUCUGCUGAACACGCAGGAUGCAGAACAGUUGGAAUGGACACUCGUUUGCUUAGCUUAUUUAUUCAAGACCCUCAAACCGUAUUUGAAAAGGAAUAUUGGCGUGGUAUUCCAUGCUAUACUGCCACUGCUGGAUGAGCAGCGUUAUGAAGAGCAUGUUACUAACUUUGCGGUGGAAUGCUUCUCCUUUAUUGCACGAGAUGUGCGCGAUUUCCGUAAAUUUCUUGAUUUUGUACUGGACACUGUUGCGCGAGAACAAGUCGAUUGCAUAGCAGGAUGUGGCCGAUUGCUGUUUGAAAUUGUUCGAGGAGUGAAGGGACAGUUCCACUCGGUGGCAGAUGAUUUCCUACAGUUUAUAUUUGAAUGUCUGGUGGACGAACAGCGAGCCAAGUCCACCGACAAGCUACAGCUGUUAUGUGAAAUUGUCAAGCAAUCAGUGCAGGAGUUACUCAACUUUCUGCUGCCGCAAAAUAUGACCUUGUAUUGGAAUAAACUCUGCAAUGUGGCGCAAAAUACAAUGUUAGCAGGUGUGAACGCAUGUGGUCGCUUAGUCCAUCUGCUGCCGCUGUUCAUUAUUGCCGCCAAGCACCGAAAUGGACGUCACUUAUGUGAGUUGGAUGUAUUAGUGCCGAUUAUACUCAAGAUGAUAGACUACUGUAUGCAGCAUCAUUCGAAAUCCAAUGCCAAAGAAGCAUUAGGCUUGCUUAUACAGCUGGUUAGCACAGUAUUACUGGCUGAUAAUGUGCAUCUGACGCAGUUAGACACCAGUCGACUAAUGAAGAAAGCACUCAGUGUGCAACAACGCGAUAUUUAUGCACAAUUCGUGUUACUGAUAGGUUCGCAUCCGCAGUUCGAACUGCUGGUUCUACCUUCUGUGGUUGCAAACUUUGAGCAGCACUUGGAUGUAGCGGCGUUUGAGUUGUUGGCGCGAGUUGUUUUGCAGAAGCAGCCUUUGGUAGGCAAUGCCAUCGCGCUGGAAUCGUGGGAGCUAUAUUGGCUGCACAUUAAACAGCAACAAACUCUGCAAAAACUACAGCAAAAAAUGAGUGAACUCGAUUUUAGUGAAGACGUAUUAAAUGAACAAAGAAAUGGACUACUUCAGCAUAUUUUAUUGUUGAUCUUAGUGCCACAUAUGCCGGGACUAGGAAAAAAGCCGCUGGAAGAUAGACUAAAUACAAUAAUGGACCAAGUUUUAGACCAAAUAAAUACGCAUGGUAAUUUUGCGCGGCAAUUGGCAGUGUUUUCUCUGCUACUCGAUACGCAAGUUCAUGUUAUGUACAACAGUCGGCCCGAUUUUCUUAAACGAGAUGUUCAAGUUUUGCUGCCACAUGCAACAAGUAAUCUUCAAGCCUUAGGUGCACUGGACCAAUUGCUAUCAGCAAAUGACGAACUUCCUAUUGAAGAAAUUCAACGGAUUUCAGAGCUAUUAGCGCCAUUACUUAGUUCGCAUUCUCACGAUGGCCGCCGACUCGCGGCGCACUGCCUCCAAACACUUAAUAAACGCAUAACGCAAGCGCAUCCCUACAAUGUAUUCUAUGCAGCAGAAUGUGUCGAACCCAACAUACAUAACUAUCGUGAACAGCUGCUGCAUCUGCAGCAAUUGGAGACGGCAGGCGAGCUCUAUCGCGCUAUAGAUAAGGGACAACGCGAUAUCUACAAGCAGCACAUCCUGCGUUUUCUGCUCGGCAUGUUGUAUCACAACUUUAAAUUUGUUUGGGAGCCGGUGCUAAAAUUAAUAGAAUCAUAUGCCCAGGGGAUGAGCGUAAGUGACUUUUGGAGCAUUUACCAUCAACAGUUAAAGCUCACAGCGGAAGCCAUUGAUUACACCGUUACUGCAACACAGAGCGCAAUGGCCACGAUUGAAAAUGUGCCCUGUUGGAGCAACGAUAUUCUGAAUGAGCUGUUGCCGGCCAUACAGCUGCCGAAACCGACUCAGCAGCAAUUGCUAAAUUAUCGGAAUCUGCUAUGGAUGCGUUUGCCACAGUUUGGUCAAAUAGCGCAGCAAAAAAAUCGUGAUCUCGUAGGUCUAUUUCUGCAAUUCGUAGAUGAGGAGUAUCGUGCACGUUUGGAACGACGCGAACUGACUUGGGAUCUGACGCAGCUGGCAUCUGGUCAGGCACAGGAGCAGCUUGCAGACGCAAGCGCGUUGGACAGUGAUGCGGAAGCGGAUGAAGAUGACAAGCAAAAUGACCGUUCACACAAAGCCGGGCGACGCGGCAAACAACGCAAGGAUCAGCAAGGCUAUAUUGCCAAAAGCAUUCUCCAGACGCUACAAAGCAAACUUGGUGUUUUUGCAGCGCAGUCUAACCCGCGCUCGCUUUAUCGUGAACCUGAAUUAUACGCACUAUAUAUGGACCUAUUAGCCGGUCCCAAUGCACAAUUACAACGUGCCGCUCUUGAUUGUGUGCUCAGGUAUAAACAAAAAUCUUUGAUGCCACACAAGGAGCAUCUUUACGCUCUAAUCGAUGAGGUGAAAUUCAAGGAGGAGCUUGUCAAUUUCAAAUUAGACGAGUCUGUAAGCGCAGAGCAACGACCAGAACUCAUGAAAAUACUACUGCGCCUAUUGUAUGGUAAAAUGAUCACAAAAGGCACUCAGCGCGCUCUGAGCGCACAAACGCGCAAGUCCUUGAUUCUUCGUUUCCUGGGACAGUGUACAACCGAGGAGAUUUUUUGGUUCCUCGAAAUGGCUUUUGGGAAAUACGCAAAAUAUACCGACGCCAGCGUGGCGCUGGAGGAGAUACCAGCACAAGUGGCAGCAGAUUUCGAUUUGCAUGCUGCGUGGUCCCCAAAAAAACUGCAAAGCAUCGUCAAUCUGCUCGAGUUGAUACGCAAAGAGUUUGGCGGUCUAAUGAAGCGCGACUUUCACCUAUACAUGCUGAAACUACUAACAUUCGUGGGAAGUGCCUGCAAUGCGGUUUUACUGCUGCCUGCGGAGCAGUUAGUUCUCAUUCAUCCAAAGAUGGGUGUGGUCUACAAAAAUGUGCGCAAUGCAGCGUUGCUGAGUUUAGUGAAUUUCUUUGCGCACAUCGAUGAGUUUGAUUGGGAGGCGCCGCAAUUGCGCUGCCUCAGCGAAGUUUACGUCUGGCCCGUGAUUGAAAAACUGCCACAAGAUGCCAUACACACACCAACGCCGCUGCUGCGUUUGCUCUUGCAGUGGGGUGAGAAGCCGCAGCAUUUCAACUACUUGGCACAGUGCCGUGCCGAUGGAAGUGAAGAUGCGCAGAGGUCACCUGUUAUCUUUCAAUACGUAGUGGCGCUGUUAUUGAAUGAAAAAGCGAAACCAGCAGUACGUCGCCCCAUUAUGGCGCUUGUGGAACGCCUACUGCAAUCCGCGCCAUCCCAAGAACCCGCUAAGGAUGGCAUAAGCGGCUUACAUAUCGUCAAACCCUACAUUCCGGAGCUGCUAAAACGUCUGCGCAUGAACUUCAGCACGCGCGCCGCCAAGAAAGCCAUCGACAAGCGCGAUCUUAAUAUCUUGUCGCUACUGACCGCUCACGUGGAUGACGCGGAUACAUGCAACAGUUUGUUGCAACUGCUGCUGCCCAUACUCAUUGCGAAGUCCCAACGGAACGCCAAUGAAGAGGUGGUGACACAGGUGAUAACGACACUCGCCAAUCUCAUAAAGCAACUGGAUGCGCCAGAGACAUAUUUGCGAAAGCUCGCCCCAUUCUUUGAGCAGACACAAGAGGUAAAUGCACGCAAACUUCUGUGUCAGCUGGUAACCGACAUCGCGCGCAAACGCCACAAGCAGGCUACACAGUCGAAAGACGAGGCACUCGUUGCACUGGCGACGCGUUUGCAGCGCACCGCGCGUCUCACCAGCAUGCUGAAUGCCUGGGACAAGCGCUGGGUUGAACAACCCGAUUACGACAAGCGUUUGGAUGCGCUUAAAGAAAUUGCGCAACUGCUAGAUGCUGAUGGUGAAGGCGUCGACAUUGAGUUGGGCGUACUCGUAAUCUACAACUGUGUUUACUUCAUCAAGUAUGACAAGGAUAUGGGUUUGCGCGACAACGCCAGCGAACACUUGCGCUUGCUGCUACCGCGCCUUGCGCUACACUUUGCUGCCGCGGUGGAUGGCAAAUCCAGCUUGGACUACUUAGUGGACGAAGUGGCUAUAAAUUUGCUCAGGCGCUUAGUGCGUGACAACAACGAUAAUGUACGCUACGAGGGCAUACGGCUGUUGGGUGAAUUGGCACGCCAAGCAUCCCACACGCAUCCCGUCUUACAGGACUUGGCGCCGCUCGGUGAUCAACAAGAUGCUGAGGUCGAUUUCUUUGAAAAUCUUACUCACUUGCAAACACAUCGGCACGGACGUGCUUUGUUGAAAUUCUGUUCGCAUGCACAAUCUAUGACGCGCCGACCGUGUACGCGCACGUUGACUGAAUUUGUGCUUCCUUUGGCCACGCGCUAUUUGCUGUCGGAGAAGCAUACUGGAAAGCAUACGCUAAUAGAUGCCGCUAUCGAAACUGUGGGCGUUGUAUGCCAACUUCUGCCCUGGCAGCAAUAUCAUGCAUUGCUGCGCUACUACCUCGCCAAGCUGCAAAGCACACAGGAGUAUCAGCGCCAAUGUGUGCGCAUUGUGAUGCGUAUACUGGAUGCAUUCCAUUUUGAUUUGACACAAGCGCAAGCUGAUCCAGAAGCACUGCAGCAGCUGCAAAGCAAGCUAAAUGGCGAGCAGACGGCGGUACAAACGGAAAAAUCAAAUGAAUUAGUUAAGCAAUCAAAGAAUGUAAAACCCUUAGGGAAACUCGAGGUCGAGUCUGCAGAAGGCGCGGAAGACGCUACAGAUGAAGAAGAAGAGGAAGACGAUGAUGUAGGUGAAGGUUACGAUGAAGAGGCGGCGCUUGCUGCUGAAUUGGCAGGCGCUGACGUGGAGGCCGCACUAUUGCCUGUGGACUCUGAAACUUCUACUCCUGCCGCGUGCGUACUCAAUACGGCGUUGUUGCUGCCGGCGGGUGCUGCCAAACGCGUCAUUCUAACUAUCACCAGCAUUCUCAUACCAACGCUCAAUCGCGCCAUCACAGAGAAAAGCUCCUACGACAACAAGCACAAAGUAAAUCGCAAGCGUUUUAGCGCCGAACGCGAGGAGGAAGAAAUAUUGCGCGUGCCCAUUGCGCUUGCGCUAGUCAAACUUAUGCAAAAGCUGCCGAAGGAAAUGAUGGACACCAAUUUGCCAGGCGUUUUCAUGAAAGUAUGCACAUUUCUGCGCUCCCAACUAAAAUCGGUGCGCAUGCUUACGCGCGAUAUCCUAAAGAAAAUGAUGCUCGCGCUGGGCGCUAACUACCUGUCAAUGCUAAUGGAUCAUUUGCAAUCGCUUCUGACGCGUGGUUUCCAAGUUCAUGUGCUCGCUGUCACAGUGCAUGGUGUGUUGGAUGCGCUACGUGAACAAUUGCAGCCAUGCGAUAUUGAAAAAUGUCUACACAACUUGCUCGAUGUAGCUUUGAAUGACAUUUUCGGCGACAUCACCGCUGAAAAAGAAAUCGACAAGAUAGCGGCGCACACCCCCGAAGCCAAACCGAGCGCCAAGAGCUACCUUGUAUUGCACAUAGCUGCGCGCAAUAUACAAGAAACUUGCCUGCUUGAUCUACUUAUGCCGUUUAAGGAGCACUUAACACGUUCACACUCACGCAAAGUCACGCUUAAAAUUCAGGAUUGCUUUGCAAAGAUCGUGAGCGGUUUGGUGGAGAAUGUGCACAUUUCGCGUGAGAGUUUGCUAAUCUUCAUUUAUGGCGUUGUAUCGGAAAGUAUCACCGAUCUACUACCUGGUUUGCAAAAGCGUACGCUCAGCGAACAAGAAAAGGAGCGCAUGCGACGCGCACGUCCAGACUGCUUCAUCAUACAGCCUGCCCCGCGCACGCGUUCGGGUGCCGUCACCAAGCGCGUUCAAUCGAAUGCACAAGCCAAUGCGCAUAUUCUUAUUGAAUUCGGUCUCGAAAUGCUGCAGUUGGUGUUGAAGCGCAGGAAGCUGCUGGAAGUUGACUAUCAGCCUUUCUUGAAUCCUAUACUGCCGAUGUUGCGCGAUGCUCUGAAAAGUACGCAUGUGCGCGUGGUUACAUUCGCCUUGAAAUGCUUCGGUGCCAUCUGGAAUGAUGGAUACGAGUUGCCCGCGCUUCAGCAGCAAUAUCUGAGUGAUGUUGUGGAGCGAAUGUUUGAAAUAUUAAAGAAUAUUUCGACUUUUGGUGCUAUAAAACAAGACGAAAAUUUGCAGCUCGUGAAAUCUUCAUACAAAGCCUUCGUGGCCUUACUGCGCAAAUGUACCGACUUUGUUCCGACACCGGAACAGCUCCAACAGCUGGUGGUUUAUGUGGAACAAAAUCUCUUCGAAGGGGAACAUCAAGCACUCUCGUUUUCAUUGCUCAAAGCGCUGAUUAGCAGACGCGUCGAGGUUGAGUCGUUGCAUGAAAUAAUGAAGCGAAUUGGCGAUUUGUCGGUUGUUUCACAGUCAGACUUUGUGCGUGAUGAGGCACGCAAUAUACUUGUCAUUUACGUCAUGGAAUAUCCGCUGAAGAAGCGUGUCGAUCAGAUUGUGAAAUUUUUUACAGUACAGUUGCGGUACUCGUUGCCUUCGGGUCGACAAUCGGUCAUACAAUUCCUGCAUUCAAUCAUUAAGAAGUUCCCACUGAAAAUACUGUCAAAACAGGCGGAGUUCCUAUACAUUUCACUUGGGCCACGACUGGUUAAUGAUGAUGACCCUAGCUGUCGCAAGGCAAUCGCCGAAUGUAUUGAGCUGCUGAUCACGCGCUUGGGCAAAGUCGAUCGGCAGCAUUUAUUUGAUAUGACGUUGUUGUUCUUUGAAGCGCAAAAUAAGCCUUCGGUAGUAGAAAUGGCAGCAUCGUUGUGCUCGCGCUUUUUGAAUGUCGAGAAGCAAACGUUUGGGCCGCGCUUGAAACUCGUUCUUCCAACAAUUGUUUCACGCCUGACGUUAAAUAACCCAAGCGCGCCUGGAAGAUUUGUGCGCGCUCCAACGGCGCUGGGGUACGACGUGGACGAAGAGAAAUUAAAGAAGAGGAGAAAGUACCAUCGAAACCCGAAAGACCACGGUGGGAAACUGUAUGAUGAAAUUAUUCUCACUGAGGAGGAAGUUGCCAAAACAGCCGAGGAGCAGCAACGCGCAAUUGACCAUGAAAUCAUACAAACGCAAUUUUGUUUGUUAAAAAUGUUGGACUACUGUGCACUGGAGCUGUUCAGUAGCAACAACACCGAACUCUGUCAUGUAGUCGAUGAACUGGCUUAUGAAUCGCAGAAGCUACUUGCUCACGAGCAUGCGUGGGUGCGCUGCAAUGCAGCUAAGAUUAUCGCACUUAUUUUGGGCAACUAUGAUUUUGCACGUGUCGCCGUACAGCUAACUAAGGAACAAAAGGAGUUGGCUUACACAGAUGGCAAUAGCAACGAUAGCAGCGAUGCGCCGAAAUUUGAUUUUAUUUACACCGAUCCCGCUUACGAUAUUAAAUCGUUGGUGUUGGAUUUGUGUGCGCAAGUUGUGCCCGGCGAUACCCAACAAAAUAUGAUCGAUGAAAUAGUCAAGAUCUUCCUAUUCAUAGGCAAUAUGUUGCGAGAGGUGCCCUUCAGUGUUAAACAGGAGAAACCGGAAGAUGAUGCGGCAGAGCAAAGCGAAAAUCAGACACAAGAAAAGGGCACGACUACAAAAAUUAAUUUGUACUGGUUGGUGCGCAAUAUACGUUUUCUGAUUAAUAGAGAGGUGACUAAGGCGCCGCAUUCCAUCGCAGUGCGCUCUGCACUCUUCACUCUAAUCGAGGGCCUCAUCACAUUGAUCAAUGUCGAAACACUGGAAAAACUUGCUCCUCUUCUACUCGGCUCGCUGGUACGGGAAAUGUCUGAGGAGGAUCAAAAUGUCGACAGUGAUUUGCGUCAACAAGCGCUACGUGUUGGCAGCCGAUUACGCAAGCGUGUCGGUGCUGAUCUAUACGAUAAACUGCGCACGCGCGCUCAAACCACGCUGAUGCGCAGACGGGCUGAACGCAAAAAGCUGAUCGCCCAAGAAAAGAUACACGAUCCUCUACGUGCUGCGAAGCGGAAAGCUGCAACGCAGGAACGUAAAAAAUCGGCAAAGCGUUUGAAAACGGAUGUGAUGCGCGGCAAAGCAGCGGAUACGAAGCAAAAACUGAAAAAACAAAAACGCAAGGCAGAAGGCGGAGGAGAAUUUUUUUAACACUAAAUUAAAUGAAAUGAAUAUAUUUUAUUUACUGUAAGCAUAACUGAAAAAUUAUAUUAUUAAAAUAUAAUAAAGUAAUUUAAAAAUAA